AUGGAAGCCUCCCCGGCCCCUCCAACAGACGAUGGUGAUACAGUAACGAUAACUUCGGCCCUGGAUCACCCUUUUAUCUAUUUAUUAUUUUCGCUUGCAUAUUUAUUCGUAUUUUUAACGACAAUAUUUGGCAACGUUGUAAUUCUGUGCGUCUUCGCCUCGCAAAGACGAUUACGAUCACUUCCGAAAUUCUUUUUAGUGAAUUUAACAGUCGCCGAUUUCUUUGUCGGCUGUUUCUGUGUGCUGCAGAACGGGAUCAAUAUCGUGAUGUUGCGACAAAGAUGGCCUUUCGGCUAUCGGAUGUGUCAAGUUUAUAUCUACUUAUUACACUUGUUGCCGAAUGUAUCGGCGGGGAUUUUGGUGCUCGUCUCGGUGGAGCGCUUCGUAGCCGUACUCCGCCCCCUCCGAGUCCGCCGUGCAUUCCCGAGAAAAGUGCUAAUUGCCAGCUCGGCGGCCGUCUGGAUCUCAGCCGCCCUGAUGAACCUCCCCUACUUUUUCGCCGUUAUGUACAUGGAAUUCCCCGAUGAAGGCGACGAAAAAUUAUCAGUGUGCAUUCGGGACACGCAUGCCGAAUUCUACGGGUAUAAGAUUGUGAAGAGCGUUACGACAAUUAAUUGCAUAUUUUGGUACUGCAUCCCACUCCUCAUCCUCGGCAUCAUCUACCUAACCAUUUUCGUUGUUAUCGGAAAAGCCGAUACCUGCCCUCAGAGCAACAAGCUCAUUCCAAAUGAUGAGAAACCUGGAGUAGGAAUAGCUACCGAAGAGUUCAGAGCUAGAGAUUGGCGAAGCGGAAGUACUGUGACAGUCGAGAAGAGAAAAAAGGUCGGACGACUUGCGUUUGGGAUCGUGUUGUCCUUUGCAUUACUCUCACCUCCACGAUAUUCAUAUUUGAUUUGGACGACGUGGCGCGACAAUACAGUACCCCGAUCGGUGACAAGCUGGACAAAUCUCCUGCAACCCGCCACCUUUCUGCUGAUGUUCCUCAACUCGGCGAUAAACCCAUUUCUCUACGCUUUUCUAUCUUCUCGUUUCCGAGAAUCGAUUCGAGACACCUUUUUCUGCCGGCGUGAUAUUGAUAAGCGACGCGACAUUGCCAUCGAGAUGUCGUGUCGGCUGAAUCGGCAACGAAGGCACAAUUCGGAAUACGAUACCCUAAACGACAGCCAAUACCCGAGGACCAACUCUUUUGAGCGCACCAAAUCGUUCGAUCCGGACAAAGUUUCGGUUGACAUUUCAUCG